AUGUUUACAUUAAUAGGUAAAAUGUAUGCAGGUGGUCCCAAUCCAAAUGAAAUAGAAGUAAAUAUUGUACCUUGUUCAUUUGGCACUUCCAGCUGGUUCAUCAACUCAACUACUAUUUCUGGAAUGUAUAACAAUACAAGCUAUUAUAUAGCCGUAGGUGCUCGCGAAUUUAUUUGGGAAUACAGUAGUACCUCGACAAUCAACCCAAACGCUCUCAAUAUUACUAGUUUUGCCGUACCACAGAGUCCAGAUCUUUACCAAAUUCAAGAUGUAAAUACAAAUCUUUGUCUUGAAUUGAUGGAAAGAUGUGAUUAUUAUGCUCGGUUCACUACUUGCACAGGAUACAGGUAUCCUCAACUAUGGAACUUUACCAAAGUUUAA